UUGACGUACACUUUGCAAUAUAUAUAGAAGAAGUUGCUGUCUGGUCUGUUCAUUUUGAUUAAAUUUAACAAACGCGAAUAUUGAUUCUUAUUUCAAAGAUGAAAUUUGAAGAGCAAAGUUUUGUAGUCAUUGGUGGUGGUAAAAGAGAAAGUAUUGGCCUAAAUUUUGUUAAACAGCUUCUGGCAACUGAUAUCGAGGUUAAAAUGAAAAUUGCUAUAUUCGAUAUUGUUGAUCAAACUGAUGCAAUUGCUGAUUUAAAAUCGGCAUUUCCAAAAAAUAAUGUUUUAUUUCGUAAAGUUGACGUUCGUAACAAAGUUGAAAUUGAGAAUACUUUCAAAGAACUUAUCAACACUUUUGGCUAUGUUGAUGUUUUGGCCAAUUGCGCAGCAAUCUCAAACGAAUCCGACAUCGAAGAUGUAAUUAAUACAAAUCUUCUUGGAGUUAUGUAUGGAACUUUGACCGCAAUAGAACAUAUGAGUGUUAGCAAAGGUGGACGUGGUGGAAUGAUUGUAAAUGUGUCAUCGAUCGCUGGGCUUGAUCCAUUUUUUUGCUUACCUGCCUAUUGUGCAAGUAAAUUUGGAAUAAUCGGUUUUACCCGGGCGCUGGCACAUCAAAAUUUGGUAGCUGAACUGGGCAUUAAAUUUGUUAUGAUUUGCCCAGGCACCACCAUCACUACUCUGUAUCAAAAUGUAACAUCAAAUAUGUUCGGAACUAAUGGAGCCGACGACAUUUCAAAUUUUGCCAAAAUGCACGGUAGUCAAACUCCAGAAGAGUGCGCCAAAAGUUUAUUGCGUGUACUAAAAGUAUCCGAAAAUGGAUCAACGUGGAUUUUGAACAAUCGAGAAUUUACUGAGGUAAAGUUUCCAACAUAUUUUAGAACAGAACAAUAGGUUUAUUGGAAUGCCAGAUUUUAUAGUUCUUUAAUCUCAAUGAUGUAUCCAUAAAAUAAAAAGUUAUUCAAAGUGAGUUAUUCAAAAUAU